AUGUUAGAGUCGUCGUUCCAUAUCCAAUGGACAGAUGUGAGAACAGCUCGAAGGCGUGAAUAUUCAUGGCGUGAGGUUAUGGGGGGAUCGAAUACCUGACAGAUACUCUUCCACCCGAGAUCCCUUUUACGGGGCUGAGAAAGAAGGUGAAGGACAGAAUGCCUGCUCCUUUUCAUUCGUCUGCAACUGAUUCGUUUUCGAGUGAAAGACACGCGUCUCUACCGGUCUUUCUCCCCUUUUCUAUUUACGUGAAUAAUGCAACGAGACGUUAGAUUCUAUUUGCAAUAAAAGUCGACGCUGUGGGGUGAGCCGGCUCCGUUUCUGAACCCCCAUGACGUUCCUUCAAAUUGGUGUCAACUGUCUUUCUAACAUAAAAAUUACAUAAAGAAGAUUUUAUAUUUCUUUUAACAUGAAAAAUUUAUCGUAUACAUCCUUGAAUUGUUGGAUCAGUAUCAGGAUUAAUUAAAUUCUCUUGAAUUUUUUAAAAGAAUUCUCAACGCUUGCAUAUACGAUUAAUUGAUUUAAAUUAUUCGUCUCAAUAUUGAUGCGUAGAUUUCAUAUGUGCACGUUUGUUACACGAGUUAAUCUUGUCUGUGAUUUAGAUUUUUGAAUUUUAAUGAAUUACGAUCAGUUAUGAAGUGAAAAGAAAGGAAAGGGAAAUUUGCGACAAUUAUCGACUCUCCUCUUUUUUUUUAUUUUUUAAUAUAAGAUUAAUGAACGUGGAAGUUGUGAUUAAAAUAGAACGAUGGAAAAAUCAUUUUUUUUAUUCAUAUAUAAACACAGUCGAAAUUGAGCUCGUGAGUAUGUUUAUUACGCUGUGUUAUCACAAACGUUUUUAUGAACACUAUGAGAUACGGCUGAUAUGGACUUUCAGUGUUUCCUGCAAAUUUCACUUUUUUUUUUUUUUUUCUUUCAUUGAAUAAUUGAAUUCAAAUUAAUCGCAGUUUUAAUACUCGAAAUCAGUAGGAUAAUUAUUCGAUUACUAUUAAAUCGAAAGAUUACACGUAUCGAAGUCGAUUUUUUUAAAAUCAAUUGUUUGUUAAUCUAAUCUUUCUACCGAUUUAUCCGAAACUAUUGCAACUUUACUUGAAUUAUGUUUUCUUUUUUCGUUUAACUUGCCAGAAAAUAAGUGAACUUUAAUUUAAUUAGAAUUCUAGAGCGUGAUUCAAAACCAUAUAAAGAUAUUCGUUCUACAAUAUUUUUUACAUAAAUCUAAUGAUACACGAUUAUUCAACAGCUUCAGGUUGCAUACGCUUUGGAUCGCAGCUACUCCGAAAUGAUACAAUUUGAUGAAUCGUCAUUAAAAAUGCAAAUAACACUUACGUAAAUUUAGAAUGAUGUACUCAGACAUUAACUGGGAGUAAUCCUCGCGACAUUGGUCGAUUUAAUUUAUUCGACCUACGUUAUAAGAAAAAAAAAAAAAAGAAAGAAAGAAAUCGCUGAUCGAUGACUACUAAAUUCCACUUCAUGAUCUAAUUUUUGUUCUGAUUUUAAAUCGGAGUUAAUUAGUAAGAGCGCGAAAUUACUAAGCAAAAAUAAAAUAUACUAAAUAAUGAUUUGUCCUCGAGGCGAUAAAAUAUUUAUCGUGAUAAUAAAAUAACGAAGAAACUGCAUACGAAGAUCAGGAUCAAUUACUUGUGAAACGUUCCCGCGUGGUACUUCAGUUGUUCAUUUAAAAUACAGCAUUAAACGUUUGUUAAUCUACCGCUUUUUUUUUUCGAAUAUCACGAAGGAACAUUUUUAUUUCUAUCAAUUUCGAAGUUCGAAAGCGUUGGGAAACAUUCUUUUCUCGCAUAGCAGUAUAGUUUCUACCGCAGCCAGGAAACUACGUUUUUACGGCGUUCGAAGGAACGAUUAAUUUGAUAACUAGAUCAUUCAUGCAUUAACCCGUCGGGAGCCUAGUAAUUAUGUGUGGAGUGUUGUAAACAAGGGUAAUUUCAUAAUUGACAAGCCCACGCGGCAGUUGUUAACUAAUUGUAAUUGGGGAACCAAGGGCAUCGGGCGCCGAUCAUUUUCAAGACAGGUCGAUUCCAGGGAAUGCUGCGAAUUUUCACUUAGCUUCACUUGCUUCUUAAUUACUCUCGCGAUCGAUCUCGGGAUCUACAGUGACAUUUGCAAAUAACAUUCACCGUCGUUCCAUCCGAUUAAAUUCCUCGUAGCUUCUCUCGCAGCUUCUUCAAUUUAGAGCCACGUAUUCAGAAGUUUCGGACGGUAGUCGCAUUUCUGCCGAGAUGAGAUCUCUCAGCGAUUGAUUCAUAAAAUAUUUAUGCAGAUAUCUGUGCAGACUAGUAACGUAUACACGUAUUAUUCGAAUCUGUUGCAACUUCCAUCGCAAGGAAUCUAAUAACGUUGAUAAGACUGUGGAUUUGCAUAAAAGUCGUCGCAAGUCUUCAAAGUUUCUUUGACUGCAUAAUGUAAAACAGCUGACGAUCUUUAGCCUCCUGAUAAUAAAAUAAAAAAGCAAGUCGUGUUUCUCGUUUACGAGAUCUUCUGCAAUAAAGGACGUCGUGCCUUUACUUCGUAUUCACGAUUUCAAGUCAAUUGCUAACAGAGAAUUUCAAUUUAAAGGUGAAUCGAUAAAUCGGCGAAGCGGAAGCUGAUUUCGACAGACCGUUGUCGAAGCGUUGUAACGAACGGGAAGAUUCGUAGAAGAAUCGUUGAUAUAUAAGAGGGAAAAGACGUUGAACGAAAUAAUGGCGCACGAAAAAGGCAUAAACGGCGAUACCGAUUCCGAGACGGUGGAGUUGAAUCCACUGAGAAGGACCAGGUUCCACGUGAAUAGAGUGGACAGUUUGGAAGGUCGUGCCAGUCUUCUUGGCGAGCAAGAAACGAGAAAGUCUCUCAGGCACAUGACGAGGGAAGCACUCCCUAGGCUGGAUAAUUAUAGAAACAUUAUGAGUAUUCAAGCUGCUCAUAGACCGUCUUUGGACGAGCUUCACAAUCCCACUCUGCUUAACAAGAGCUCAGGAUCGCACACGUUACCGAUAGCACACGUGAAGCCACCGACUUCCGGUAUCAAAUUCGGAUGGAUUCAAGGAGUCUUGUUGAGAUGUCUUCUCAAUAUUUGGGGGGUGAUGCUGUUUCUACGGCUCUCUUGGGUCGUGGCACAAGCCGGCAUAGGUGGCACCUAUUACAUGAUUUCCAGAUCACUCGGGCCGGAAUUCGGGGGAUCUAUAGGACUUAUAUUUUCUUUAGCAAACGCAGUCGCCUGUUCGAUGUACGUUGUUGGAUUCUGCGAAAGCAUGGUCGACUGUUUGAAGGCAAAUGGGAUUUGUAUCGUUGAUUGUGACAAUACGGACAUCAGGAUUAUUGGCUGUAUCACGAUAGUCCUGUUACUCUUGAUCGUUAUGAUCGGUUUGGAAUGGGAGGCAAAGGCUCAGAUUGGUUUGCUGGUUAUUUUACUCUUAGCUAUCGUCGAUUUCAUGAUCGGCACCUUUAUGGGACCUAAAGAUGAUCAGGAACGAGCCGAAGGUUUUAUAGGAUACAACGCUGAUCUGUUCAAAGAGAACUUUCAUUCAGACUACAGAUACAGCGAGGGGGUGGAGCAUAAUUUUUUUUCAGUCUUGGCUAUUUUCUUCCCUGCGGCUACAGGUAUCCUGGCAGGUGCGAAUAUAUCCGGUGAUUUGAAGGACCCACAAACAGCUAUUCCCAAAGGGACACUGUUGGCCAUUCUUUUAACAACUACAUCGUACAUAUUUAUGGCGCUUAUGGUGGGCGGUGCAGUUGUGCGAGAUGCGUCUGGCAAUGUUACCGAUCUGUGGAACAUUUUCAAUAGUUCAUAUACUAGCUUAUCGAGCUUAAACGCGACUAACGAAACAACCGAGUCUCCAAUUGCUACUGUAAACACCAGCGAAAUAGUAUGGAGCAUGUAUGGCACGAAAUUUAAUUGUACAGGGAGGAAAUGUAACUAUGGUAGCCAGAAUAGUUUUCAGGUGAUUGAAUUGGUCUCUGCGUUUGGACCAUUUAUCUAUGCUGGAUGCUUUGCAGCUACUUUAUCAAGUGCCUUAGCAUCACUUGUUUCCGCACCUAAAGUAUUUCAGGCACUCUGUCUUGAUAAAUUGUAUCCUGGAAUAGAGUGGUUCAGCGGUGACAAAGAUAAAGAACCAAUUCGCGGUUACUUUCUUACAUUUGUAAUCGCUGUUGGCUUCAUUUUAAUUGGAGAAUUGAAUGCCAUUGCUCCCUUGAUCUCAAAUUUCUUUCUAGCUGCCUAUACUCUGAUUAACUUUAGCACGUUUCAUGCUUCGUUGGCUAAACCGAUCGGUUGGAGACCAACGUUUAAGUAUUACAACAUGUGGUUAAGCCUUGCUGGUGCUAUUCUCUGUGUUUCUGUGAUGUUCUUGAUCUCAUGGUGGACAGCAUUGAUCACAUUAUCCGUAGUUUUAGCGCUUUAUUUAGUAGUCUCGUACAGAAAACCAGAUGUAAAUUGGGGUUCUACGACACAAGCUCAAACAUACAAUAACGCCUUAAACGCUGUCCAACAAUUAGAUAGAGUUGAAGAACAUGUUAAGAAUUACAGACCUCAAUUGUUGGUACUCAGUGGCACUCCAAGUGCAAGAUCAGCGCUCAUUGACUUUGCACAUCAUACACCAAUAUCGUAUAAAACGCGCAACUCCAUGAUCGCGAAUUGCACUUCUUGGUUUAGAGCGAAUAAAAUUAAGGCAUUUUAUUCCUUGGUGGAUGGUGCAAAUUUUCAAGAUGGUACUACUUCUCUUUUGCAAGCCUCUGGCUUGGGAAAGAUGAGGCCCAAUAUUUUGUUGAUGGGCUACAAACAAGACUGGGCAACUUGUCCUCGAGAAAAUUUGAACAUGUACUUUAAUGUAAUGCACAAAGCUUUGGACAUGCAUAUAGCAGUAGCACUUCUUCGGAUAAGUGAGGGUUUAGAUUGUAGCACAGUUGUAGGAGAUGCUGAAGAACAAAAAAAAAAUGCGCAAACAAUUCCAGGGAAUCAAAGUUUUUCUCAACUUAGCCAAGCUAGUAGCACGUCCGACAUUUCUAUUCCUGGAAGUCCGGCUCCAAGAAGGUCUAAAGUAAUUAAUGAAUAUCCUAAUCCAACCGCGGAGGAUCAACGUGAAAAUCGACAGAAUUUUCUACCUGUAGCAAAAGAUAUACUUAACACCGUAACAAAAUUCCAACGUAAACAAAAAAGGGGUACAAUCGAUGUAUGGUGGUUGUAUGAUGAUGGUGGUUUAACCCUUCUGCUACCUUAUAUAAUUAGUACAAGACGUAAUUGGUCUAAUAGCAAAUUAAGAGUUUUUGCCCUUGCUAAUAAAAAUUCAGAGCUCGAAUAUGAACAAAGAAAUAUGGCAAGUCUUUUGUCGAAAUUCAGAAUAGAUUAUUCCGCAUUGAAAGUGAUACCAGAUAUUUCAAAGCCAGCACAAGAUACUACUAAAAAUUUCUUUAAUACUCUAAUAGUAAAUUUCCAAGAAACGGAAAAUACAAAACCAGAUGAUGAUAUUAUUAAAGACUCUGAAUUGAUUGCUAUGAAAGAAAAAACAAAUAGGCAUUUACGUUUAAGAGAAUUAUUACUUGAAAAUUCAAUGGAUGCUAAUUUAGUAGUUAUGACAUUGCCAAUGCCUCGUAAAGGUGCUGUAUCAGCACCUCUCUAUAUGGCCUGGCUUGAAACUUUGACACGUGAUAUGCCACCAUUUUUACUUGUCCGAGGCAAUCAUACAUCUGUUUUAACUUUUUACUCUUAAUAAUGAGAAACAAAUAAGAAGACUUAUGCGUUAUGACAUCAAUAAUUAUUGAAAUUAAGGUUUUACUUAAACAUCAUACAUACGCAUACAAAUGAAUUAAUAAAAACGAGAAAUAGAACUGCCGACGAUCAGACAGACAACAAUAUAAGGCCUUUAUACUGAAAACAGCACAUGUUUAUAUGAGUCAAUAUUCACAUGUGCAUUUACUAAGGAUCAAUUUUUCAAUAUAUUCGAAUACAAUGAAUGUAGCAACUAUAUUAUUUUUUAAAUAAUACAUUUUCUACGAUAAUUGUUUCUAAAUUUUGAAAUGUUUUCCAUCCAUCAAUUGUAAAAAAGUAACUACAUCUUUAUAAAUACUUAAAAUAAACAAUAUCAUUGUAAAUUGUACAAUUACCAAUAACAUGUUUUACAUACGUAUUUAAUUACAAUUAUUCAAAAUUUUGAUAAUAUUUAUAUAUAUACAUUAUGAUUAACUUAUUUACUUAACAAACAAUUGACAAUCGUUAUAUAAAAUAUUUUAAAUAAUUAUAAUAGGUGAAUAUAAAUUUUUAAAAUAAAAAUUUGAGAAAAAAUACUAGUCCUAGGUUUAGCAUUAAAAUUGAAGUAGCAGGAAUUAUACUAUGUCGCUCCUAUGUGACUAAUGAAUCAUUACAAAUGUUUUGUGAGAACAUAUUUAAAAUAAAUCUAUUAUUUUAUUAAAUGAACUAGUAGUGAAUACAUUCACAUAUUCUUCCAUUCACUUGGAUAGGUCAAUUAAUUAGAACCAGACUAUAACAUCUAGCAUAUAUUUUUUAUUUUGUUUACAACUUUGUAGUCUUAUACACUGGAAAAUUUUUGAAGAAAUAUACAGACUGAUACUAAAUUUAAUAUUACAAUGUGUAAAGCAUUCGUUGUGAAAUUGUUUUCAAAUUAAAAAUUUACAUAAAUGUAAUAAAAGGAGAUAUGAGUUACAAAAACAAAAGAAAUGUUUAAUACAGAUUAACGGGGAAACAUGCAUAUCAAAAUAUAUAAAAGUGUAAUAAACUUAUUUUAAUAUUGUCAUGACUUUUAAAGAAUAUCAAAAAAUUAUAAUACUAUUAACAGUAUUAAUAUCCUACAGUUGUUGUAAAUCCGCCAAAACAGUUUAAGCUUGCAAUAUGUAUUGUGUAUAUGUGAAACUUGUUCUUAUACAAUAAUUUUACUUCUGCUCAGUAGACUCUUAAUCAUGUAACUUUGCUAUAAUGUGAAUCAGCACAUUAACUCUUAACUAUCAGUGCUUUUAUGUAUCAUUAACUCUGUAGUAUAUAAUUGAAUAGAAGAAUUCUAUUUGAAUAGUUAGGUGAACACUUUUUAUAGACUAGUAGCAAAUGCAUUCAAAGAUACUAGAAUACUGAUGAUUGAUUUUUAAUAACUGACUUUUAACAAUAUAAAACAAAAUAUAAAAAGUAGAAGAUGUAGUCUAUUUAUUAUAAUUUUAUUUUAUUUUUAUGAUUUUAUUCUUUUUGUGCUAUAUCAGAAUUUCAUUUUGAUUUACACAUAUAAUUUAUAAAUCAAUUUUUUUUUAAUAUUUUUAGUCUUUGUAGAAAAGAAAUUUUGUGCAUUAUAAAUUACUAUAUUUUGAUAUUAAAUUUGUUGUAGGAGUUCAUGUAUAAGUUCAUUGUAUAUUAUUAAAAUAUAAAAUAAUAAUUAGGAAACAAUCAUAGAAUAUGCUUGAAAUCAUAAAAAUAUAAAAUAUAUAUAUUUAUAAAUGCUGCCGUAAUAAAGUUAAAACUAUUACGGAAAGAUAAACGUUAUAUAAAUGGCAAGAUAAAAAUUAUGACUUCAUAUGCUAUAAGUCUACAAAUUAGGUAAAUAAAAUCUCAAUAUAUUAUCUCUAAUGUAAAUACGUUAAAAUCAAAUAUAUUAAUUUGCUUAAUUAUAAAAUCUCUUUUAUAUUAAGAUAAUCUUUUUUUUUUAUAAAGUAAUUAUAAAAUAAUCUUUUCUGUUCAUUAAAGUAGUUAUUAAAGUUUUGGAACGACGUACGUGCUACGUCAAUAUUAUAGUUUUUUGCACAGCAUUUUGGUAAUAUUUCUUAUUAGAAAUAUUUAAAUUCUUGAUUUUAUGAUUCACAUCAAUAUAUGAUUCUAGCAAUUUAACACGUUUGCUAGGUUAUCAUCGAUUCCUGGUCUCUGUUUCUUAGUUUAAAUACUGCGAAUAUGUCUCGGUCUACGCACCAAUAAACAACAAGAAGUUAAACCAGAACUGACCUUUGCUAAUUCAGACAUGCGUAAAGAUCUGGUUGGAAAUUCAAUUUUUUCUGCAAAAACUUUACUUGAUUGUGGAAUUUCAUCUUCUGACCGAUGAAUUAAAGUUCCAUUCACAUAAAGUACAUUGGCUGCAGCAUCUUCAGGCACAGUUAAUGUCUGGUAACUAUAAGUUGCUUCUCUCUCAAUUCUCUGUAUUAUAAACAAUGUUUGACUAACCUUAAUAGGUACACAUGGAUAUUCCGGGAAAGCUGCUGCGACUGCUCUUGCACCUGCUUCAUUUGUAUAAUGAGACAAUCCAACAAAAAAUUCACGACCUGUAAAUAGAACAUCUCCUCCAUCCAGACGAGCAUUUUUAUCAGCUAUUUCUAUAAGUGGAAUCUCUAACUCCUUCUUUAAAACAGCUCUAAUUGUCUCAAUCUGGAAUUAGCGCGACGAUUCAUUGGGCCGAGCUAUGAGUGCAAUGCCAUUACACACGACUGCAAUAUCUUCUACGAAAACACAGAGUGGUGAAUUUUCAUCCGGUGGCAUUUCAACAACAUCGAUGUCGAGCUCUCGUAGAAGUUGAGCAAGUGCCAAAUGCUGUGUUCUUGCUUCGUCUAACGUGACCUCGCCUCUUGUGCGAAGCGAGAGAGGAAUUCUGCACAGAACUGCAUGAGUAUAACGGUGGAGAGGCAUGGUGGAAAGACUCUUUUUGUCAAAGUCUGAACCACAGUCUUGCUACUUCUUGUUUACGUAAAAUUAUAACACAACGAUCAAGGAACGACUCCUGU